UCACCAUCGAUUUCGACUCAGGAUUAGUCAACGGAUGGCGAGGUAUAUGAAGGGCAUCGCGGAAGCGUACGCCCACUUCUCUCCGUACACCCCAUGGUCCGUCACGAUAUCACCUUGACUUCGCCCACGGGCAAGCUCGUGCUAACCUGCCCUUCCGACCAAGACGACAAUGAGAGGAUUGCGCUGUUGCGGACCCAUCCGGAAACCCUGCGCUACCUCCCCAUCCUCCCGAAGACAAUGACAGUCGAGGAUGUCAUAAAGCGCCGGGAAUCACGCUUGGACGAUCCUAAGACGCUGGACUGGAACGUCGACAUCGUCGAUGCAGAUGGCAAGCGCACGUUGGUUGCAAUGACCACCAUCUUCGCUAUCGACGAGGAGUACAGUUCGGGAGAGACGGGGAUCCUUGUUGCCCCUGAUGCGCAUCGCUCGGGGCUGGGGACGGAGGUUUUGUACACGGUGCUGAAGUAUGGGUUCGAGACGAUGAAGCUGCACCGAAUACAAUUUCAGACGGGGGCGGACAACGUUGGUAUGCGAGGCUGGCUGGAUCGGGUCGCGGGGGCGUACUACGAGGGUGCGCGACGGGAUGGGUGGAAAGGCAUAGAUGGCAAGUUUGCGGACGUCGCAGUCUAUAGCAUCUUGGAGGACGAGUGGCGGGAGAAGACAAAGCGCUUGUUGCUUGAGCGAUUGAAGGUCGAAGAUGAAUCAUGAUAUACGUACUUUACAAUGCAGAAUACCUCUCAAAUUUCAGCACCGGUUUGACUCGA